CAGCGACCCGUAGUGCACCCAAAGAUCAGCUGACCACCAUUCGGGAGUUUUGAGGAAGUGAGCUACAAAAAUAAACCGUAUUUAAUACACGAUACGUGACUUUUGCAGUUAUUCGGGAUUGAUGAUAAUGGAGUCGACCCUCGAGCAGCAUCUGGAUGACACCAUGAAGAACCCGGCGGUGGUCGGAGUGCUCUGCACGGAUCAACAAGGACACAACCUGGGCAGCCGUGGCUCCCUGUCUGAUGAACACGGCGGUGUCGUGUCAGUUUUGGCCAAACAAGCUGCAGCGCUCAUCAAAGACCCGACCGAUAGUCCAACAGUGUGCUUGGAGUCCGAGUCGGGAAACAUUCUGGUGAGGAGUCAUGGCAACAUCACGGUAGCAGUUCACAAGAUCGCGUCUUGAAGACAACGAGACGGACUGUGGAGUUUUCUAUGUAAUGGAAUGUACAUGCAUGGCACAUAGGUGUAGUCACGCAUCCUGUUCGAACUGCAUUAAAUGUCUGAACCAACAUGCGUGCCAGUUUCCUGACACUUGCUGUGAAAUAACCUUACUUUGACUUUGUACAUAUUUAUAAAUAUAUUCCAAUCUGUCAGUAGUGCUUUAAUAAAAAUGCCUCAGCGGUGUUCCUGCUUUGUGUGUCUUUUUGUUACCUUUCUUGUCCUAUAAUCCACGCCGCUGAUGCAUAAAGAAAACCCCUUUUAAUAAACCUCAACUCGACCUUC